AUGCCUUCUCUUCGAUGGCCUCGUAAGGUCAUCCCUUCUGGGCCACUAAGCCAAAUGCUGAUCAAUGCAAAAGUUCGCCGUCGACGGAGCAAAAACGAGAAGCUUCCUGUCUAUCAGCUCCCAGUGGAGAUUCUCUCUUACAUCUUCUUCAUUUGUCGUCAGAUCAGCUGGGAACCGGUCGAAUCGAUCGAAGAUAUCCGCGAGCACGAUCUCCUUAACACAAAUGACCCGCGCAAUGCCACUCGAGAUUUGGCACGAAUCGUUUGGGACUGGACAAUUGUUACCCUCGUUUCUCACCGCUGGAGAGAAGUCGCGCUCAGUUGUCCUGGACUCUGGUCCGACUUCCACUGGUUCGAAUUCCAGGACCUAUUUUCCCUCCACGAAAAGUUGCGACGGUCGCAUUGUGUCCCAUUGUCGAUGCAAGUUCCUCUCGACGUCCCCCUCAAAGUUGCCACCGGGAUCUUUACUCUCGCCAGUCGUCUCAAAGAACUUGAACUGCAGCUCCUUUUGAGCGAUGGCGACGAUUUUGUUAACUGUGUCCAACGGUAUAUUCGAGGCUUUACAAUGGAGCGGCUUCAGAGUUUCGUAAUCACAGGAUACCGCACAGACAACCCCGUUGAUCCGUACACCCUCCCUGCGAACUUUCUUCAAGGCGCUACGCCGAUUCUCUCUCGACUCAAGGCUCGAGGAAUCCUUGGCUGGAAUGCUUCACUGCUUCGUGUGGGAAGCUUGACCUCUCUUGAGCUCAACGUGGUGCAUGCUCCAACUGCGGAAGAACUCUUCGACGUACUCAAAGCCCUGACGAACCUCAAAGAACUAAAGCUAAACACACCCCUUCCAGGGUAUGACAAGCUCCUCUUCUACAGUCGAGCCUCGCACGAACGCGUUUCCCUUCCCUCGCUCGAACUCUUCGAACUCGAGACCGAUCACUGGAGGCCUUCCACCGGACUCUUGCGAAACAUCACCCUACCACCUUCCGUGGUAGUAUCUCUUUGCACCACGAGCACCGCGAUCACCUCGACGACAGACUUCAAUGACAACGUUCCGUCGAUCUACCAACCUGAUGCCGAUAAUGUAAUCUUGCCUGAAGUAACCGAGUUCGUUAAAGCCUUGCGCGCGGCGUGGCUGAUCUCCGUGCCGGCCUCGAAUCCCCUCUUGCUCGACCUCAGAGCGUUCGGAUGGACCAGCGCUUUUAAGAAGAUGGUUUCACUCGAGAAUAGCGCCUGCCAGCUGCGAGAUGUUAUUUGGGAGGCUUGUGUGUCAUCUCUUACAGAUAGUGAGUUUGGCAGAGAUUUCAAGCGAUGGAUUCCUCCAGUGGAGAUCACGAUGAAAGUUGCUCGAUAG